ACCACUCAGCGCACCAACCUGCUCCUACCCUGCAGCCGUCGAGGAAAUGACGCCGUUAUUACAUAUCUGCUUGCCAUCAGAUCCUUCCAUUUAAAUAAAAUAGAUUGAUAGCAUCGAUCUUUUUGAAUUUAUUAGAUACACGCAAGCAAUAAUGGCGGGACAACUUGUGUUGAGAGGAGGGUGGUUAGCAACCACUCUGCGCGAGCUGCGGAGGCUCCGGUUGUGUUCCUCCUACGCGUUCUUUCAUCCUCUCCCGCGAGACACACUCGUCACGCGUGUCGCACAUUGCCGCCACACGAACGGGACCACCACACGCACGGGGGAAUCGAGCGGGUACACGCUUCUGAGACGCGUGCUGAAGGCGAAGAAGACGACGAUGAUGACGAAGAGUGCCGCCGCGGCGGCAGCGGCAACGGAGGGCGAGGGAGGCUGCGCUACUAUAUGUAGCCCCGAAUCUUAGCCGGGGCAACUAUUGCGCCCGAAAUUGCCGAAGCGAACGCACAACCCCUCGACGUACACGCUAUCGAAUUGGAUUGUAAUCUUUCUUCCCGAUAUAUCGCGGUAUACUGGAUUUAUUUUUCUAUUGUCAUUGCAAAUAGUCGGUGCAACAAGUGUAUUAGUUUCUGUGUCUCGAAUUGAUAAGUAUGGCUUGUGUGCAUUGAAAGGAAAAAUCGAGGAAAACGAGAAAAAUGCCGCGGGCAUUUCUGAUUACGCAUCGUAGAUACAACGGUGUUGAAGAAGAGAUCAGAGAAUCUGAAAGAGAUUUCAGUCCCGAAAGAAGCGUGAGACUGGCCGAUUACAGCGGCGGUCAGCCGACUUCUGAUGGCGCUAGCGAGUGCGGCAGCGAGACAUCGUCCGAAUGUCCUGAAGAGUUGUACAAUCUGACAAAACUGGCGGAAGUGAGUCUAGCGGCAGCGGCGGGCACUCUGAUUCACCACAACAAUGUCAUCUAUCAGCGAUCGGUGUCGCCCAGAAUCGUACAGUAUUCUGCAGAGAAGAGCAGGACCCGAUCUACUGUUCAGAUAAUGGGAAACCAGGACCAAGUCUUGGGCGAACGGACGAGACUCUUCUUCGAGCGGACCGAGAAGGAGAUUCUAGAGGGUCGACCCGAGGAGAACACCGCCCUGGAAAUUCGUCUUUCGCCGCGACACCCUUCCUGCUCCUCGCAGGAAGAGUCGAACUUCUCGAAAGGGCCGAUCGUUUCUAGCGUUAGUGUUGCUUCUUCGCCGGUAUCGUUAUCUUUGACCGUGUCCCAAGAUCGAAGAAUGAUUACCGCGGAGCCCAAGGCGGAAGAGAACGAGGAUCAUGAAUGUCCCGAUUGCGGCAAGAAAUAUUCGACUUCGUCGAAUCUGGCUAGACAUCGUCAAACACACAGGUCGCUAGGCGAUAAGAAGGCCAGGAGGUGCCCGCACUGCGAUAAAGUCUACGUCAGCAUGCCGGCAUUCAGCAUGCACGUGAGGACCCACAAUCAAGGAUGCAAGUGCCAUUAUUGCGGCAAGUGCUUCUCUAGGCCGUGGCUGCUGCAGGGACACAUACGCACGCAUACAGGUGAAAAGCCCUUUAAGUGUACCAUUUGCAACAAAGCUUUUGCCGACAAAUCGAACUUACGGGCUCACAUACAAACACACUCGAAUACCAAACCUCAUGUGUGCGGUCGUUGCGGCAAGGCCUUUGCCCUAAAGUCUUACCUGUACAAGCACGAGGAAUCAUCCUGUAUGCGCGCCCAUCACCGAUCGUCCACAGAGAAAUCUGAUCAAAUCGAACAGCAGACGACAUCGCUAAUGAAAUCGAGUGCUCCAUUACUAUCGUCCUUGAGCAGAUCGCAGACGACAUCGUGUGGCAUUAUGGCGUCGCCCACCAGCGUUAUAGUUCCUCGAUUAGGACUCGACCGAGAUCAGAAAGGCUCAUCGUCGGCGUUCUCCGCGAUCAUCAGGCACACCAGGUCGAUGGACGCAGCGAUACCGUCGAAGCGAUUCUGCAGAGAAAAAACGCCCUGUCCGAACGAUUCGAACGAGGAGAAGCGGAGUCCCGAUUCGGCGACGAAGGAUUCGGAAUACAUAUCCAGGAUGGUUAUCAGAACGUCGGUGAUAUCUCCCAAUCCGGAGCAUUUGCAUCUGCGUUUCGAAAAUGAUAUUAAGAGUUCUUCGACUACGUUCGAUUACCCUGAUCGGACAAGAUCCUCAGCCUUCUCAAGACCAGCCGGGAUGACUUUAAACUUGGCUAUUGCUUAAAAUUAAUCGACACCUACAAUUAGAUCGAAUCAAUUCGAGUUAAGAAGAUUCAGAUUUGAUUUUAUGUUCUACUUUCGUAGAAAAUUCCACAAUAGAAAAUUCUCUUAAAUUUACUCAAUUAGAAAUUUACAGGAAUUCCAGAAUAUCCUAUGUAAAAAGGGAUUUCAGAUCUUGACUUUCUGUGAAAAAUUAAAGCAGAGGGUUCAAAAAUAUUUUAAAUCAUUUAUUAAAAUUUUUACUUUAAUAUAAUCAUAAAAUUCAUAAUUGUUUCUUAUGAAACUAUAAUGAAAGGAUUUAAUUAAGAAAUUGACAAAGAAGAUUUGCGUUAUUUGAUUUAGAAGAGCGAUUGUACAAGAUGUCCCAAAACUACCGACAUUUCUAUUAAUCAGUUUUAAAUAAGCAAUUUAGAGAAUCUUUUCUCAUCUAAAUAUAUUCGAAAUAUAAUGUUAUUUUUUCAUCGUAUAUAUAAUUGCUGAUGACAAUUUCGUAAUUGUUGGACAUGCUCAUACUUUCGCAGAUGUUAUCAGAGAUUGUCCUGUACGUCAGCCUUCUUUCAUUGCGAUCAAAUGAAGAAUUAUUUCUAUAAUUUGUAUUAUUGAAUUAUUUCGAUAAUUUGUAUAUGCUGAUUAUUUCUAAUAAUUUCCAAGAAACUAAACAAAGUUGCGAAUUAUUAACGAAACAACUGAGUAUUGCGUGACAGAUACUAUUCCAAGCAUCUUCCAAAAAUUAGGGACCAUCUAGUAAUUAGUCAUAAUGUUAAAUCUAUAAGCUGUUAAUUUAGAGAUUUGUUGAUAUAAAACCGUGCCUUAUAAAUAUCGGAUCAUGUUCUUCAGUGUAUAAUUCGACACAGUGACAUAAUUCUGAUAGGAUUGGUAUACGCGGAUGAGAAUACUUGAAAAGACAUUUUUGAGGCAUAAUACCCUGAUGAGAGGUUUUGUUAAACGACAAAUUUGUGAACUUAUCUAUUUAAAGACUACUACUAGUUAUCGCAUAAUAUUAAGCAAUUAAAAUUAAUUAUCGAUACGCGGACAGAAUUGCAGUGCCUUCGGGUUAUUAUUUUAGAAUUAAAUGACAAAGAGGCUCUUCGAGGCAGCUAUCGACUUUGAAAGAUGUAAAUACGUAUAAUUGACAAGUUUCCAAAAUAUAAUGAAUAUACAACGAAUGCGCUAGAAUAUAGUGUAGCCGAAUAUAGUGUAGCGGAGUUACAUUUGCGGUCAUUAAAUGUCGAAAGAAACGAUGCAGUAUCCGAUGCAAAAUCGUGAUUGUGUCGAAAAAAUUUAGAAUACAUUAAAAUGCAGAUGUUGAAAUGUUCUUAAAAGAAUGGGCGCGUGUAUCUGUGAUUUGAAAAUUGUGCAACCGGUUGCGAAAAGCAAAAAGCCGGCUCCAAACAAUGCGAAAAUUUCAAUCUUUCAAAAAAUAUAAAAAUGAAAUAUAAUAUUUUACAUAUUUUAUAUCAUAAAAAUGAGUUUAAAUCCGAUGAUCGUUUAUUAGUGUAAUUUAUUAUUUGACAUAAUAAAUUUUUUUCUAUUACAUAUGAUUAGAAUAUCAUGUGUAACGCCAACAAACAAACAGUAUUCAAUCGAGCACAUUGUUUAGAGCCGUAGUGUAGGUUGUCUGUUCUUCAUCAGCAAAGUAAUUAUAGCGAUGAUAAAUAAGCCUUUUUCUUUCGUUUCUUGAUAUCAGAAAUUGGUAUCCAAUCAGAGUGUCGAACUAGUCGAAUCCGUUCCGUCAUUGCGAACGCAAUCUACCGUCGUGACAAAUCUCUCAAUUUUGUAAGUUUUUUUUCGCGAUCAUUUAUAUUGUCUAGAAAGAGAUCGAUAUGUUUCUUUUUCAAUGAUUCAACGGACGGCAAGAUUAUGCGGAUUAUGCAAAUGACGACGGUCUUAUAAUAAAGAUUUCAUAUAGAUAGUAAUAAUGUGUCACGUAACAAGAGACCGAUUGUGUCGCGUUUGCCGAAUAAUCUAUUCUAAAAAAUUGUAAUUGAUGAGCAAUUCGGAUGCGUCCUAGUCAUUUCAAUUCAAUAGAUAGACGUCUAUGGAUGAGAAAUCCUGAUUUAGUAUUAAGACGUAGUCAUGUUGACCGCACGUUGUAAAUAGCAUUCCCACUUUUAUGUAUUAGAAUUCGGAUGCAAGAGAGAUGGUAUAUAGUCGUUUUAGAUAGUUAGACUUAUUAUAUGCCUAUUGUACUGUACGUGCUAUUUGUAUACCGGAAUGCCUAUAUAAAAUAUUUAUCCACAUUUUUGUACGAAUUGUAAAAAUUUUGUCUUAUCGUAACGAAAUUAUAUACGAUAAUAUACGAAAUGAUAUACGUUUAAA